GUUACAUUCGGCCAUGUCUCACUUUUGUUCAUUAAUUUUAUUAUAGUAAUACUUCAGAUAAACCCCAUAAUGAAACAAUGACGGAAAGAAGACUCCUAACUCUCCUCUGGACAAAACUAGGAUUCAAUUUAAUUUGGACGGAAAAGAGAUUAAAUAAAACUGAAUGGACUCAAAUACCCUCUAAACUAACCAAGCCCGUCGUCUCCCGACUCUCCCCUUUUUCCUUGGCAAAUCCAGAUCCGCUCAGCUCCAUCUUCAGGUCUCCACCUCUGAAGCCAAGUCGCCGCAUCUCCUCCGGCUUCCGGUCAGCGCCACUGAGGUACCGCCUCCACCUCCGAAGCCAAGUCGCCGCAUCUCCUCCGUCUUCCGGUCAGCGCCUCUGAGUUGCCGCCUCCACCUCCAGGUCGCCGUCGAGCUGCUCAUCUUCUUCUUCUCGAUUUCUGUCUUGCAUAUUGUGAUGGAGCCGAAGAGUCAUUGGCUAAAAGAAGUCUACGACUUCAAAUCGGCACUCGGCUUGGUUUUUUGGAGAGGGCGGUGGUCUGCUGGGGCUAGGGGGAAGGAUGUAGCGGUGGCGAUUGCUGGGACUAGGUGCCAAUGUAGGGUGUUGUGGAUCCGUUUCUGUCUUGCCGGAUUCGGCUCAGGUCGCCGGAGAUCGGUUUCCGGUAGUCUCCUUGUGCACACCAAGGCUAAGGGAGCAACAACCUAUUCUACCUUCUCAACACUCCUCUCACUCAGCUUCACAAAGAAGGAGUUCUCACAGUCUAUCUCAAAAAGCUUCAAGAGGUGGUGGAUAUAUACAGCUAGAGCAAGGAAGGAGCAACUGUCGGUAGAGAACAAUAGCACAUGAAGUAGGAUGCAGGGAAGUCUCAUAAUAAAGAAGAUUUGGCUUAUUAGCUCAAGGGAUUGGACGGUGCAAGGGACAACACAAUCACACACCUCACUUAUUUGAUCUCACUUAUUUGAGUUCAAAAUCAAACGGGAGAAAUAGACUUGGUACAAAACAAGUUUGGAAACUGGAGUAAGAGUAGUGGGUUGCUGAAUAGGUUGUCAACUAUUAUUAAUAUACAAAGGCUAUUUGGGCCAAUAAUAUAUUAACAAUCUCCACCUUUGGCCCAAGGUAGUGCACUGAGACAAUUCACGGAACCGCG